AAAAAUGGAGGCGGCAGGGACUCACACGGAAGCGGCAGCCCUGGAGGUCUUGGCUGAGGUGGCAGGCAUCCUGGAGCAUAUAGGCCUGCAGGAAGAGUCAGAACUGCCAGCACAGAUCCUGGCUGAGUUUAUGAUGGACUCCCAGAAGAAAGACAGGCUGCUUUGCAGCCAGCUUCAGGUGGUAGACUUCUUGCAGAACUUCCUGGCUCAGGAGAACCCUACUCAGGGCCUUGACCCCUUGGCUUCUGAAGACUUGAGCCGACAGAAGGCAAUUGCAGCCAAGGAACAAUGGAAAGAAUUGAAGGCCACAUACCGGCAGCAUGUGGAGGCCAUCAAAAGUGUCCUGACCCAGGCCCUGACUCGGGAGGAAGAGGUCCACAGGAAGCGGACACAGCUCCAAGAGGCCCAUGAGCAGCUCAAGGCUAAGAAGCAAAUGGCUGCGGAAAAAUUUAGAGCAGCUCAGAAGCAGCGGCAACUGCAACAGGAGAAGCAUCUGCAGCAUCUGGGUGAGGUUUCUACAGAGGUAAAGAAGCGUCAGUCAGAAACUCAGCAGGAGCUUGAGCGGCUAAAAAAGGAACUUGACAUCCUAAAGCAGCAGGCAGGACGGGAACAGGACAAGCUACAGAAGUACCAGACAUUCCUCCAGCUGCAAUGUACACUGCAGGGUAAGCCACUGUUCCCUGAAGCUGAGAUUGAGGCUGAGGCAAAGAUGCCACAGGAGCUUCCUGUCCAUCUGGAACUCCCUGAGGAUAAAACUCAGCUGCCGACCCAGCCCCAGGAACAAAACACUGGAGACAGGGAGAAAGAUUGUGCCGUGUCCCUCAAGGUGAAUGAGGCUUCCAGACAACCUGCUGGAGAUGUGAGUUUGCCACAGCUCCCUGAGGGACAAGGGCAUGAGAAAGGAUCCUAG